GACUAAAAUGGAAGAGAUUGGAUUUAAAAAAAUGAAGUUUACAAAGCAACGGCAACGACUGGUCGUUUAACAUUUGGAGAAACGAUCAAUAACGAGUUGUGGAAUGUGUUUGCGGCGAAAACACUGAACCCUGGCUUGUGGUUGAAUCUGUGUCCUUCUUUCUCUCUGAAUCUGAAUUGAAAUGGCUGCUUUCUUGAGGAGGUUUGCAAUUGCCCAAUCCAAUUCCUCUCACUCCAAUUUCCGCCUUCCGUUUACUGCUAUUGCCGCCAUUUCCGGCGGAGCCUCCUUCUGUUAUUACUAUUCCUCUCCCAACCUCGCUCAUUCACAACAAAUUGAUCAAGAGGAAACUAAAAAUAUUGCACUCAAUCCAGAUAAGUGGAUCCAAUUUAAGUUGCAAGACACUGCCAGGGUUAGUCAUAAUACCCAAUUAUUCAGGUUUUCAUUUGAUCCCACUAAGAAGUUGGGCCUGGAUAUUGCUUCAUGCAUUCUUACAAGGGCUCCAUUGGGACAAGAUGAUGAAGGAAAACCAAAAUUUGUCAUACGUCCGUACACUCCCAUAUCAGAUCCAGAAUCAAAGGGAUAUUUUGAUUUGUUAAUCAAGGUGUACCCUGAAGGAAAAAUGAGCCAGCAUUUUGCAAGCUUAAAACCAGGUGAUGUUGUUGAAGUGAAAGGGCCCAUUGAAAAGCUCAGAUAUACUACUAAUAUGAAGAAGCAUAUUGGCAUGAUUGCUGGAGGCACAGGAAUUACACCUAUGCUUCAGGUAAUUGAAGCUAUAUUGAAGAAUCCUGAUGACAAAACUCAGAUAUCAUUACUUUAUGCUAAUGUCUCCCCAGAUGACAUACUGCUUAAACAGAAGCUUGACAUUCUAGCAACAAGCCACCCAAACUUAAAGAUAUUCUACACUGUGGAUAAUCCAACAAAAAAUUGGAAAGGAGGUGCAGGUUUAAUAUCAAAGGAUAUGGUUGUGAAAGGCUUACCCUGUCCUAGUGAUGAUACUCUAAUACUUGUGUGUGGUCCGCCUGGGAUGAUGAAGCAUAUCUCUGGUGAAAAGGCCAAGGACUGGUCACAAGGAGAGCUUUCUGGCAUACUCAAAGAGGCUGGAUACACUGAACAAAUGGUUUACAAAUUUUGAGAAAUUUUGGAUUCUUGCAUCUAAAGCUUGCAUGUCAUCAUGCACUUACCCUGCUGAAUUCGUGUGCCAACUUGGUUUUCUGAAGAAAAACCUAAAGAGUUACGGUUGAAAAUUCGAACAUGAAAUAAAUCUAGAAUUGCAGGGCAAAGAGAAAUAUGUAGUGUGUAAGUGUCUGGAGUCUCCAAAAUUUUGUGGAUAUUUAAUCAUGCGGUUGUUCAGCAUGGUUGUCAAUAAAGGGUGUCUCGUGGGGGUAAACUUAUUUUCCCACCUAGUUAUUUUAACAUUUACCUGGUGAGUAAAUUAUAGCAUUCAUAAUUUAU